CUUUUAAAUAUUAGUUGUUUCUUUGUAAUAAUAUCUCCUCUUUCUAUUCUUUCUGCAUUUGUCCUCAAAGGAUUGUUUUACUUGCAUGUUCUAUAGUCAUCUAGCCUACAAGGAUCCGGAAGUGAAGUGGCUAUGAACAUGUAAUACUGUCGGAGAAGUAUUCUUGAGCUCACAGAAAGAGUGCUGCCUCCUUACCAGGUUUAUAAGUGAGUGAUUUCUGAUCUGUAUCUCCGCUAACAUGGGUUCUUGCAAUUACUCUUCUUUUGAUAUACUUGAUGAUUUACAAAGACAAAGGAACAAAUUCUACUCAUCAAGAAAUGAAAUUACACUAUCUCAAGAUACAUAUAUAAUCGUACAUGGAUUGACUUCGGUGUUAGAGUAGGAAAGUUUAGCCUUGGCUCUUAGUCUUCCUAUUGUAAUUGUUAUGAGAACUACAAAUGUUGACUGGAAAGGUAGAUCUGAAGCAAAAAGAAUCAAUUUUGGUGUUCUUGUUUUCUUCCAGACAAUGACAUCCAUUAUGUGAUUAUGAAGUGGGACAGACUGUGUGGCCCAUUGUCAAUGUCAAGUGGCUGCACAUGGAAGACUUGAUCUCAGGAAGUCUUGGCAGCAUGUAGACUACACUUAUAUGCAAAUUUUCCAGAUAAAUCUGCAAGUAUAGUUUGUGGGAUUCGACUCUCACCGCCAAACAACAUCGUGUCUGUGAGUUGAAGUUCGUUCUUCCUCCUUUCCACUUUUUUAAGCAGUUGUCUAAGUCUUGUCUUGCUUUUCACCGAAUAGAUAAACUAUUGUUUGGAAAUUUCGAAGUGUCUGGACUUAAUCACAGCAGGUAGUUGACUUCAAAGUCUAUCAGAUUGAUAGGCAAGCAUUUAUGCUACUGGAGUUUGAGAUCUCCAGAUACUGAGUAUAAUCAUGGUUCUGUGGGAGGCAGUUUUGUCACCAGCACUUCAAGUUCUCUUUGACAAAUUAGCAUCAGGGGAGAUACUGGAAUUUCUAAAAAGAAAUAACCUUGAUGAGUUAGUGCUGGAGAAGCUCAGGAUUGUUUAUCUUACCAAUGCUGCCAUGCUUGAUGAUGCAGAAAAGAAGCAAUACGACAAUCCAGCAAUCGAAGCAUGGUUAGACAUGCUAAAAAAUGCUAUUUAUGAAGCCGAAGACAUAUUGGAUGAGUUGGCCACUGAAGCCUCACGAUGUAGACUGGAAAUGUGUUCUGCUCAGUACUUCUCAAAGCUUGUCACAAAUCUUAGUCCUUUCUGCGAAGGAGUAAACUCAAGAAUAGAGAACCUUAUUGAGAAGCUGGAAUACAUUGCAAGGCAUAAAAAUUUUCUUGGUCUAAGAAGUGGUGAAAAUGGGGGAAAUAGAAUGAUGCAAAGAUGGCCUACUACUCCUGUAUUGAAUGAGUCUCAAGUUUUCGGUAGGACUUCUGAGAAAGAAGAGAUAGUAAAGUUACUUCAAGGAGAUGACGAAACAAAUUGUACUACUACACCAUCCAUACUUCCUAUUCUAGGUAUGGGUGGGAUUGGGAAGACCACUCUUGCUCAGAUUAUCUAUAAUGACCAGAGAGUGGAUGAAGAUUUUGAUGUCAAAGCCUGGGCUUAUGUUUCUGAUGAUUUUAGCUUGGUUCGCAUAUCUAAAGCCCUGCUUGAAUCAGCCACUGCAAAACCAUGUGAUACCAUGAAUCUUGAACUUCUGCAGAGUGGCUUGAAAGAGAUUUUCCACAAAAAAAAGUUUUUAGUUGUUCUGGAUGAUGUAUGGAAUGAGAACCUUGAUAACUGGAAUCACCUGUUGAUUCCAUUCAUGGUCGGGAGUCGAGGCAGUAAAAUCAUCAUAACAACACGUAAUAGAGAAGUUCUGCCGAUCAUGGAUGCAUUUCCUCUUUACCAUCUGAAGGAAAUGUCCGAAGAAGCAUGUUGGUCACUGUUCGAGCAUCAUGCAUUUGGAGUCAAGGACUCAGAAACGUACUUGAGUUUGAGAGAAACUGGCAGAAAGAUCAUGAAGAAGUGCAAAGGCUUGCCUUUGGCAGUGAAGACUCUGGGAAGCAUUCUGGGUUCCAAGCUUCAUAAUGAUCAUUGGAAUGAGGUCUUAAAUAGCAAUAUAUGGGAUAUACCUCUCCAGAAAAAUGCCAUCCUACCAUCUCUAAGAUUGAGUUACCAUUAUCUUCCUUCAAAUAUCAAACGUUGUUUUGCAUAUUGUUCUAUUUUCCCAAAGGGCUAUGAAUUUGAUAAGAAAAACUUGAUCUUGCUAUGGAUGGCAGAAGGUUUUGUGCAACCUGUGGGAAACAUUACUUUGGAAGAAGUGGGCGAACGAUACUUUUCUGAGUUAUUGUCUAGGUCAUUUUUCCAAGAAUCAGUACUAGAUGAAACCCGAUACAUAAUGCAUGAUCUGCUCAAUGAUUUAGCACAGAGUGUUUCAAGGAGAAUGUGUUUUCAUUUGCAGGAGAACUGGGAAACGAGGCAGCUUGACAGCUUUGAGAAGGUUCGUCAUUUCUCAUGCUUUCGCAGCAAAUAUGAUGUCUAUAGAAAAUUCGAGUCACUCAAUGAGGCCAAGUGGCUUCGCACAUUUUUACCGUUACCAUCUCCACAGGGAGACGAAUUUUGCUAUUUAACUAAGAAAGUGCCUUGUUAUCUCUUGCCGAAAUUGAGGUGCCUUCGAGUAUUAUCUUUCAAUGGUUAUUGCAUUGCCGAGCUUCCAGACUCCAUUGGAAAUCUGAAACAUCUUCGUUACAUCAAUCUCUCCUACACUGAAAUUAAAGGUCUUCCUCAAUCAUUAAGUACUUUGUUGAAUUUACAGACACUCUUAUUAAGCAACUGCACUUAUCUAACUGAGUUGCCAGCUAAGAUGGGAAAAUUAAUAAACCUACGAUAUUUAGAUAUUGUUGGUAGUGGAGUAGUUGAGAUGCCACUGGAGCUAGGUAAUCUGGUGAACCUUCGGUUGUUACCACAAUUUAUUGUUGGCAGCUCUGGUUCUGGUAUCGGGAACUUGAGAAACUUAUUACAUCUCCAGGAAUCACUUUGCAUAUCUAGAUUAGAAAAUGUAGCCAAUUCUUGGGAUGCAAGGAGGGCUAACUUACAGGAGAAAAAAGGGUUAAAUCAAUUAGCUUUUGAGUGGAGCACCAAUUCGGAGGAGUUCCUAGAUGAAAGUGUUGUAACCCAAGUACUUGAAAUGUUACAACCUAACCCGAAGCUGGAGAGUGUGAAAAUAAAGAAUUACCCUGGUAAUAUAUUUCCAACUUGGGUUGGAGAUCCAACAUUCUCUAAGCUAGUUUCUCUUACUCUUAGUGAUUGCAAAAGAUGUGUAUUUCUACCACCAGCAGGUCAGCUGUCUUCACUUAAAGAGCUUGAUAUUAAGGGCAUGCUAGGAAUAAAAUGCGUCGGUGCUGAGUUUUGUGGAUCUGUCUACUCUUCCUUCAGAUACUUUGCAUCGCUUCAGAAGUUAAGUUUCAAGGAGAUGCUAGAGUGGGAGCGGUGGUCUGUUUCCACGGAUGAUGCAGAUUUCAAUUGUUUCCCUAAUCUGUUGGAGCUUCAUCUAGAACAAUGCCCCAAACUGCAGGGAGAUCUGCCUUACCGCCUUUCUUCUCUGACGAAGCUUGUUAUAGUGGAAUGUCAGCAACUAUCUUCUUCACUUCCAAUGCUUCCGCAGCUUCAUGAAAUGGAACUUAAAGGAUGCCAUCACAUGUUGCUCUUUAGUACAUCUGAGACGAACUCGCUAACAUCUUUGGAAAUACAGAACAUGAGAAACCUGAAAUAUAUACCUCAAGGGUGGCUAGUUUCUCUGAGAAGGCUUGAGCGAUUGGUAAUCAGCGAUUGUUUUGAGCUCAUGCAUCUGGUAGGAAGCAAGAAUGGGUUGCAGCAGCUCGCAUCUCUUCGGCAUCUUAUAAUCAGAAGUUGUCCCUCGAUGAUUUCCAUGAGUGAGGAAAUUCAACGGUGGCCUCAGAAUGUCGAAUAUCUGGAAUUAGACUGUUGUCACAGUUUCCAGAGGUUACCACUAGAUUUUCACAGCCUUGGAUCUCUACAAGAGUUGGUGAUCACAGACUGCCCAAAGCUAGAAUCCUUUUCAGGGACAGUAUUUCCAUCAAAUCUCAAAGGCCUUGUCCUCCGAGGAUGUGGUUUGGAGUCAUUGCCUCAGUAUACGAUCAACAACAUCUUAUCCCUUGAAUUUUUGUACAUCAGUGGGUGUUUGGUUCUUACUUCAUUUCCAAGAGGAGAGAGGCCAAUUCCAACCACCUUCAAGCAACUCACAGUUGACCAUUGUCCCAAUCUAGAGUUUCUUCCUGAGGGGAUGAUGGAUAGCAACAACAUUUUCCUUGAACUUCUAGAGAUAUUUGACUGCUCUUCUAUCACAUCAUUUCCAGGAGGACAGUUGCCAAAAACACUAAAAACACUCACAAUUUGGAACUGUUCCAAUCUAGAGUCCCUUGCAGAUAUUAUAACAGAAAUAAUGUCACUCACAUCCUUUCGUAUUGGAAAUUGUACAAAGCUUAAAUACUUACCCUCUGGCUUGCAUACACUCAUUUAUCUUGAUUAUCUGGAGCUCGAUGGGUGCCCCACUAUUGAGUCCUUUCCUGAAGAAGGCCUUCCGUCUCAAAGACUGAAAAAGAUGCAUAUCCUCAACUGUGAAAAUCUCAAGUUCCUGGCAAAGCGCAUGCAGAACCUAACAUCUCUGGAAGAACUAAGAUUAUCCAAUUGCCCCAUGCUUGCAUCCUUCCCGGAGGAUGGUCUUCCGGUUAACCUUGUUUCACUGGACAUCAACAACUGUGAGAAUAUUAGGCCAUGUUCCGAAUGGGGCUUACACAGACUUACCUUGCUUAAAAAACUCAGAAUUCAUGGCAGUUGUUUAAAUUCUGAUACAUUCCCAGAAUGGCUACUUCCUACUACACUUGAGACUCUUCACAUUGUGAACCUGCCAAGUAUAAAGUCUCUCUCCCCAUGGCUCAAGAAUCUGACGUCUCUUGGGGAGUUGAAGAUCAAGGAUUGCCAUAAUAUACUUUCCUUGCCAAACGAGGGAUUGCCACCUAUGGUCUCUUUUCUAGAGAUAAGUGGCUGUCCUGUGCUUCAAGAAAACUGCGAGAAGGAUUGGCCAUCGAUAGAUCACAUCCCAUGCAUAGUGAUGUAGCCUCCCAUGAUCAAGAAUUGGCACCCAUCCCGUCUGUCUACUUUCUUAAAACAGAGUAUAACCAUUCCAGCGAAACAAGAUUCUUGCGAGUCUGAACGUCGACUUGACUGCUUUGUUCUCGAAUCAAAGCUGGGUGCGUGCUUCUAUCAACUCUUCAUAUGCAGCAGUGUCAGUUUCAUUUAAAAACUUCUUUUAACUGUGAAGGACAGAGGGUUUGCCAAUGAAAAUUGCAUAGCAAAUGUCAUCAUUCCAAGCUUCAGCUGUAAUCUGGUCAGUUCUACAGCUCCCUCCUACUCUAUCAAAACUUGUUCCUUCUUACUUGUAAAGAUACAGCAUCUGCUUAUUCAUACAAUGUUUCUAGAGUUUACAUUUUGAAGUAUGCUAAUUGUAAGUUAUCCGAAACAAAUUUUCAAUACAGUUCUUGCUCAAUUGUCUUUAGAGCUGUAUUGCCUAAACAAACAUUUUAGGACAUUGCAGCAGGAUUCUUGGAGCUUAGAGUUGAUGCUAAGCCAACAUUGAACAAUAUUAUUGUAAGAAGUUGUAAUAACUCAAACAUCUUGUUUCUGUAUUAUUAUGCUAUGCUACGUACUCAGUUGGACGAUAAGAACAGAAAUUAUG